ACUGUCACAUGAGUUCCUCAAGGAUAAUGGACCCAAAGGUGCAAGAGACCGAAGGAUAUGGAGAAGACAAUUCAGGAAAGAAAAAAUCGAAGUUCAAAUCUUUCAAAAAGUUUUUUGGUAAAAAGAAAAGGAAAGAAACGUCUUCUGGGAGCAGCAGUCUGAAGCUAUUCCAGUCAACAAGUGAUGUGGCGGCCUCACACAACAUGCACGUUAGUUAUUAUUCAGAAGAUGAACUUGAGAGCCACAAGGGCAUUAUGGGGAGCAGAGCUUUGUCGCAUGAUAGCAUUUUCAUCCCUGAGACUGGGCAAGAGCCUGCAAGGCCAGUAAGAGUGUUUUCUCAAGAAAAUGUUUCUGAUCGGAUUAGAGCAUUGCAGAUGAAACUCCAGCCUACCAUGAAGCUGGGACCUCCGCCUCCGUUUGGAUUUCAUGCAAAGCGGACAGAGGAUGCUGGGACCAGUUCUGAAGAUGAUGGGUUACCCAGGAGCCCUCCAGAAAUGUCUUUGCUCCAUGACGUCCUAAGUUCAGGCACAACAACAAGAUUCUCUGACUCUCACAAGCACCUUAGCUCUUUGAGUUUAGCUGGAACAGGCAGUGAAGAAGAAGAACAGGUUACAUUGGGUCCUCCUUCUAGAUCUCGCUCUACGGACGGUCAGCUGUUCCCUAGGCGUGGAAGUGCUAAAACUGGAGCUCCCCAGACACAUGAUGUUAGCAUUUCACCUGCAGCCGAUUUUGACACUCCACCCGAGCUAUCCUCUUGCCUGGAUAAUUCUGCUGCUAAACACAAGCUUUUAAUAAAACCUCGGAACCAGAGAUCCAGUAAAAUGAGAAGAUUUUCUCAGAGGACCCAGUCUGAAUCUCUGACUGAUUUGAGCUGUACCCCAGAAGAAGAAGAGGAUGAUGAAAAGGAGAUGCAGACAGACUUGCCAGAUGCCGUAUUCAAAACCAGUGAUCAAGAACUGCCAUGCGGCACAGCUGCAGUGCAGGAUGUGGCUUCCUGGCAGAAACCCAGAGUGCCUGAGGACCUUCCCCCUGCUUUGAGACCAGAGAUGACUCAGCCCACUUCUGAGUCUGCUGUUGUACAGGAAGCUCUGCUACCAGAGAAUAAGCCGGAGGGCUGCCAACCAACACUGGAAACAACAUGUGAGAAGUCUGAGUCCCCAUUGCUGUUAGAAGGCAGAGGCUCCAUAACUUCUCCGUGUUCUGGUCCAGACAGAGAAGUACAAAACCAAAAUGAUUCUCCAGGAACAUCGGUUCUCUUGUCUGGGGAUGUGAGUAGUGAUGUGUCAACCCAUCAAGAAAGUGCGGAGCUUCCUUCUGUGUUUUCAGUGAAUAAAACACCAUCUGAGGAAGAUAUUUCAAUUAGUAAGAAUAAUGAUAUUUGCUUGGAAGAGUCAGAACAAAAUACACAGAGGGAUGCUCAGAUGCCUGUGGAAAUGUCCUGUAAUAAAGAGGCAAAGAUAGAGGCUGAUGUGUUGUCAGAGCCUAGCAGGCAGUUUUUCAUAGGUUCUUCACAGCCCACGGAUUCAUUCCAUGUUUCACAUCCCACUGCUUCAGCCCGUGUGGGAUCAAACGCUUCCUGGUCUCUAGAGAAAACAAAGACUGUACAAGAAGCAGCUGCUUCUGAUAAAGAGAGCAGUCAGCCACUGGUCCACAAGGAAGAAAUUUUGGGGAAGAAAGCUGAAAAAGCAGCUAGUGAACUCAACGCCUUGAGAAAGUUUUCUGUCUCGUCUGCACGGGAGAGGCCAAGGACCAGGAGCCUGCACUUUCCAGAAAGCUCAGAGUCUGACAACCCAUUAAAUACCAGGUUCUUCCUGACCAGUGCAAAGGCCUCCUUGAAAAAUGAGAAGCGGAGUGAAGAUUCGCAGAAGGGAUCAGAUCUGGAGGAGGGAAAAUGUAGCAAUAAAAAACAGACUUUGCUGCCAGAAUCUGGCUCUGAGAACAUGGGCCAGUGUACAGAAACGUUAGCUGCCUGUGUGUCUGCAGCUGUCGAUGCCGUUCCGGUGCAAAGUGAUUCUUCUGUGGUAUCUCAGAAUCAGCCAAGCUGUGAAGAUAAAAGUCCUUUUCAAGUAAAACUUAGAUCCACCUCAAUGUCCUUGAAAUAUAGAGACUACUUGUUACCAGAAUCAAAAGAAAUUAAAAGAUACAGUGCAGAGUUUAAUUUUGAAAAUGAGGGAUUGACUUCAUUUCUAAAAGGUGAUAAAGCAGAGAUCAAAAAACCAGCUGAUACAAAUAUUGACGGUUCUUCAAACGAAAAGAUCAAAUCCAAAGCAAAGUCCUCUGAACAGCUUAGCAGCAAGCCUCCGUUGCCUAAAAAGCCAGUCUUGCAAAACAUAACUGUUCCAAACGCUAAUGCAAACAAGGAAAAGCAGGACAAAGCUGUUCAUGCUCCUGAAUCCAGAAGUGAAGACAGAGACUUGGAGAAAAAGCCAAAUUCUUGUAAAGUGCCUGAGAGAAGCAUGCCUUCCCUGGUGACUGCUGGAGACUCCAGAAGGGAUCCCGACAGUCCCACAGAGCCCGCCUGGAUUACCAUCGCAAGGCAGAAGCAGAGGGGCACACAGCAAGAGCAGGAACUCGACAGAGAGAAACUCGUGACUCCAGAUGCUAAAUCAGAUACAGAGAAACAGAAUAAAGAGAAGGAAAGAACAGAGGAGUCAGUGAAGCAGCCGUGGAGCAAACCUUCAUCCUUGGCACUUAAAACCACUUCUGAAGAACAGAGGAAAGAGUCAAAGUCUGAAGUGAAGGAGCCGCUGAUGAGAACCAAUUCACUGUCACAUUUUGUCCCCGUAGCUCAGUCACCAGCACUGAUGGAUAAAGAGGAGGAAAUAAUUCCCUUUAAGAAAGCCAGUAAUGCUGCUCCUGACCAGCCAUUGUGGAUGGAACUUGCCAAAAAGAAAUCUCAAGCUUGGAGUGAUAUGCCCCAGAUUAUAAAAUAGAAUGAUGCAAACAAAUGGCAUCUUUUCUAAUUAAGUCAACUACUAAAUCGAACUUCUACAGACCAGCUAAUCACGAUGAAGAAUCUCUGAUACCGGAGAAGGCUCUUGCUAUACAGCUGUGGAGAAUGUGUGCAAUAGGUGCAGUCAAAAAGUUUACCUUAAGUAAUUGCAGCAAUCAGGAUUGCAAUGGAUUACUUAAAUUAUGCUGAGGACAUACUUACACUUUGGAAAACAAAAUUUCUGCCUUAAGUAUUUCCUGUGUUUUCUGUAUUUUAAGAUGUUUGCAUCAAAAGAGGAUCUUUUUAAAAUUUUGCUGAAUUUGUCGUUGUUGGAAACUUCUGUUUGUCAUUUUUUUCCUCUGUUUACAUUUAUAAAUUGUGCAGUAACAUCCUGAUUCUGUUGUGCUCCACUGGAAUUGCCUGAUGCUUUUUCUAUCAAAGCUCUUUGGACCGCAGAGGUUUUCAUGAAUAGCUACUAGUGAGUACUCCAUUAAAAUGUGUUGCUUGAGCUCUGUGUUUGCCUAGCUGAACCGAGAGCGGUACAGCCUCUGGUUUUAGGUUACAUUUCAUGAGAUACAAGUGUGCACGUUUAUGCAUGACCACGAAUAAAAAUUCCUCAGCUCCUUCUGUGAACAA